GCUAGUGCGCGAUGAUCCAAGCCCGCGCAACGUCAACGAUCCUCCCAAUUGAGGCAUUCGUCUCCCCUUCUUUCACACAGCGGACCGGAGGGAGCUGCAGAGGCGAGAAAAACCUCCGAUUCGUGGCCACCAUUUGCAUGCACUCAUUGAGAUCGAGCUCCCUCUCAAUCAUGAAGCGGCCAAGACCCACCCCACCACCAACACCACCGCUCUCCACCACCAAAAUCACCAGACCUUUCUCCAAAAAACCCAAACCCGCGACCCCACCCAAGUGGGUUUCCCUCGGCCUCACUCAAUCGGAGCUCUCCCUGCCCCUCACUUUCCCCACUGGCCAAACCUUCCGGUGGAGACAGACUGGCCCUCUCCAGUACACGGGCGUUGUCCACUCUCACCUUGUCUCUCUCAAGCACCUUCAGAACGGCGACGUAUCCUACUGCCUCCACCACACCACCACCUCCGAGGCCAAGGCCAGGCUUGCACUGCUCGAUUUUCUCAACGCGGGCAUUUCUCUCAGUGACGUCUGGGCGGUCUUCUCGGCCUCGGCCCCCCGGUUCGCCGAGCUGGCAAGCCACUUGGGCGGGGCCCGGGUGCUCAGGCAGGACCCGCUCGAGUGUUUGGUUCAGUUUCUGUGUUCGUCUAAUAACAACAUUGCGAGGAUCACCAAAAUGGUGGACUUUGUUUCGUCGCUUGGGGAUUAUUUGGGGACUGUGGAGGGCUUUGAGUUCCACCAGUUCCCGAGUUUGGAGCGGCUGAAGAUGGUCUCAGAGGACGAGCUUAGAGCGGCCGGUUUCGGUUACAGGGCUAAAUACCUCAUUGGUACUGUAAAUGCUUUGCAAUCAAAACCUGGUGGAGGUGCGGAAUGGCUUGCUUCUCUUCGUAAUUUCGAUCUUCAAGAGGUUAUUGAUGCUCUCUCUACUCUACCUGGAGUUGGUCCCAAGGUGGCAGCGUGCAUAGCUCUCUUCUCUCUUGAUCAACACCACGCCAUUCCUGUCGAUACACAUGUCUGGCAGAUUGCUACAAGAUACCUAUUACCGGAACUUGCAGGUGCCCGUCUGACACCUAAGCUAUGCAGUCGUGUGGCAGAGGCAUUUGUGAGCAAAUAUGGAAAAUAUGCUGGCUGGGCUCAAACUCUGCUCUUCAUUGCUGAAUUACCUUCACAAAAGGCCCUCCUACCAUCACAUUUUUGUAGUAUCAAAGAAAAGAAAUCUGCAGAGAGUAAGAAUGGCAAAAUGUGCAGUGGUAAUUGAAGCUAUAACAGAUCAUUUUCAAAGCUUUAUCCUUGGGAUGAUGAUGUUUAAGUUUUAACCUUCUGGCUUCCUCGCCUCCUGGGCAUGAGGAUAAACUGCUUAGCCCGUCAGGAGUGAAAGCUCCUGGAUUACCUGGUAACUGGUUCUGGCGGGUGGGGUCAGUUACCCGUAGGAGUUUGAUUAACGGUGAGGAUUGUUGUACAGUAUGCGUUUGCGACGUGCAAUUAUCUGAGUAAAGUUCUCCUACGUUAUCAAAAAAAAACCUUCUGGCUUCCUUAAUGACCAUAACUCUAAAUGCUUCAACGCCACCCCCCUUUUUCCAAGAGCAUGAUCUAUUAGAUGCUAUGGAUCUCAAGAUCAAGAUUGAAGAGCAGUGUGGGGAAUAAAAUCUUUCCUGGUAAAGGCAUCUGGACAUUGAAACACAGUGCGAUUUUGCACAGUUGGAUGGAGGAUGAUGUCAGAGCUUCAUGUCUUUUUCAGGUUACUUCUGUAAACAAUGUGGCAUCUUCCUUUAUAUGUAUGAUUAUUAUUUUUCCUUCAUGUCCUUCAGGAUACCUCCUUUCUGUAAAUCAUUCACUUUAAGAACUCUCCUUUAUUUAGUCAUUUGUUCUUAUUUAUGCUGUAAUAGCCCAUUGUUUUCUCUUGAUAAGAGUAAGAGGGAUAUAUGAAUGUUAGCGCAAAUUGGUGAAAGGAGAGUAGAUUAUAAACAUUGUUGGGUAUGAUUAUGGAUAAAAACAAGAGCUUGUCCAACUUUUACUUU